GUUCUUGAAAAUUAAGAAAAUUUUUCAUAUAUAUAUAUAUAUAUAUAUAUUGCCCACUUCUAUAUAUAUCACUUCUGGCUUCAUUCACAACUCAGUAAGUUUUUAUAACUAGGAACUUGACGCGCCAAAGCACAGAUAUCGUGCUAUAUAUCAAUUAAGAAUGGCUGCCGAGAACAAAGUAAGCUUGAAGCUAUUGAUCGACAAGAAAGCGAAUAGAGUCCUUUUUGCAGAAGCUGGAAAAGAUUUUGUGGAUUUCCUUUUCGCCCUCCUGUCUUUGCCUGUAGGAACCGUAAUUAGGCUGCUCAAAAAACCAGCAAUGGUUGGCUGUAUAGGAAAUCUUCACGAAAGCCUUGAAAACCUUGAUGAAGCUUACAUGCAACCAUAUCAAAGUAAGGAUUCACUUCUGAAACCCACUGUGCCGUUGAGCCAGCUGGCAAAUAUGCCUCUCUUGCUGCCUGACAUUGAUCAUCUCCAACCUGGGGCAAGACGAAAGGUGUAUGGUUGUUCUAAUUAUCACCACCGGUGUGUUACUGAUCGGAAAGAUGCUCCUUGUAGUUACUGCAAUGCACCAAUGACCUUUGAACCGCAGUUUAUUGUUAUCAAUGAUAAUAAUACAGCAAGUGGUAGUGAGGGAGGUUUUGUGAAGGGCUUGGUUACGUACAUAGUGACUGAUGAUUUGUCAGUGUCACCAAUGUCAAUGAUCUCCGGUGUUGCUCUGCUAAACAAGUUUAGUGUUAAUGGUUUUAGUGCACUUAACGAGAAAACGGUUCAAUUUGGCAUUGAUGAGGGUCUGGAAUUGUUGAAGGCUUCUCUGCAGUCAAAAGCAGCUCUUACCACUGUCUUCCUUGCUAAGGAUGAGAUCAAGGAUGCUGCAGCACCAAAAUGAAACUGUGUUGGACAUAUGUAUGAUCUUUACUAAUGCUAAUUAACCUUGUUUUGAGGGAGGUGAUAUUUAGUUACUUACUGUUGUCAAUUGCCAUGCCGUCCCUUCUAUAUAAUUAAGAGUAUAUUGAUCUUGUUUUUGCA